UCUCUCCCUGCAGAGGCUGCUCGCAGCCGGUGCGGGGCGCUGUGUCCCGCUCUGCAGCAGCGUCUCCGCAGAGCAAACGAGCCGCCAACCGGGUGGCCCCCACCAGCCUUCUGGUCCCAGCCUGUCGAGCCAGCCGGACUGGGCUGAGGGCAGCAGCGCCGCCGCCAGCUCUGCUCCUCCUUCGGCGGAGCCGCUUGCGCGAUGCGGCUCCCGCCGCUGCUGUGGCUGGGCCUGGUGCUGGGCGCGGCGUGUGGGGGACCCAGCGACCACCACUACGUCGACGGCGAGCACCGGGCCGACUACGACCGGGAGGCGCUGCUCGGAGGCCAGGAUGAAGCAGAGGAAUAUACUAAACUCAGUCCAGAGGAACAGCAAAAGAGACUGAAGGCCAUCAUAAAGAAAAUUGACUUGGACUCAGAUGGAUUCCUUACUGAUGAUGAACUAAGUUCAUGGAUCCAGCAAUCUUUUAAGCAUUAUGUUACUCAAGAGGCUAAGCAACAGUUUGGUGAAUAUGAUAAAGAUGGUGAUGGAUUAGUAUCUUGGGAGGAGUACAACAUUCAAAUGUAUGAUCGUCUAAUUGACUUUGAUGAGAAUACUGUCCUGGAAGAUCAAGAAGAAGAAUCAUUUCGACAGCUUCAUUUAAAGGACAAGAAGCGGUUUGAAAAAGCCAGUAGAGAUGAAGUCCCUGGUCUGAAUCUGAAUGAAUUUAUUGCUUUUGAGCAUCCUGAAGAAGCUGAGUAUAUGACGGAAUUUGUCAUUCAGGAGGCUUUAGAGGAACAUGAUAAAAAUGGUGAUGGACUUGUGAGCCUGGAAGAGUUCCUUGGUGACUACAGAAGAGAUCCAACUGCAAAUGAAGAUCCAGAAUGGAUACUUGUCGAGAAGGAUCGAUUUGUGAAUGAUUAUGACAAGGAUAAUGAUGGAAAACUCAGCCCUCAAGAACUGCUGACUUGGGUAGUACCUAAUAAUCAGGGUAUUGCACAAGAGGAGGCUCUUCAUCUGAUUGAAGAAAUGGAUUUGAAUGAUGAUAAAAAGCUCUCUGAGGCAGAGAUUCUCGAGAACCAGGAUUUGUUCCUUACAAGUGAAGCAACAGAUUAUGGCAGGCAGCUCCAUGAUGAACGUUUCUACCAUCAAGAACUUUAGUUUACUCAUUUGUGAUCUUGCUGCCUCUGUGUUCCUAAAUUGGAGUUUUUCUUUAGGGUACUCAAAUUUAUAAGCUGCAUUGUAAGUUUUACUUUGUGUGAUUAUAAUAUCCUAGUGUUUGUGUAAGUGUUUUGCAUUCUAAAUUUAAUUACUUAAGUACUUUUGCAAGUUUCCAUAGGCCUUUUCAGCCUUCAGAAUUAAUCUGAAAUAUUUAGUAUUCCUCGAAUUGCAGCAUUAGCAUUUUUGGCAUCUGAAAAAGUAAAAACAUUCUUAAAUAAUCUAUAUGUUUAGUACUGUAUUGUGAAAUUAGUUGUACUACCAUACUUGAAGAGUCUGGUUAUGAAAAAAGGCAAAAUGUGUGAGAUAAGCAAAAAUUACUAAUCCAUUUAUUUAGGUGGUUAAUGUUUUUCAGAAGUUAUCAGGGGGAGAGUAGCAAUGUUUAGGUUCACUAUUAAAGAUGUUUUAUUUAAUACCCUUGGAGGAACAUUCAAAAGGAUUAAUACCUCAAUUGUUCAAGAGGUUUCUGCUUAUUUUUAAAUGAUUUCUAUAGCAGGUUAAUUGUAUGAUAUAAAACCUUUAUAUUUUUGCAUCUGUACAGAUAGUAAUUAUUUUUAAUGUAUAAUUCUACAUCAUUAGAGGUACAUGUGGUAUUUCAGUGUCAGAACCCUCUUCAUUUGUCAGAUUAAAACAGCUAAACGCUCCAUCUUUCUAUAUUUCUUUUCUAAAUUUACUCCUAAUCUCUGAUCAUCUAAAGCAACUACUGUAGUAUAUUUAUUAAGGAAUAAUAAGAGGUGCUCAAUCCGAUGAGACAUUAUAAUGUAUCCAUUUACAGUAUUGCCAGUGAAAACUGUGGUAUUCCUAUUUCUGCUGUACAUCAAGUGAUGCUCUGUUCCUUUUUUCUAUGCUAAUUAAGAGAAAUGUGAUACAGUAAAUAUAACCCCUUAUUUCUCCUAUUAUCUUCAACAUACUGGAACUCCACCCAUGAAAUCAGGUAGCAUCCUCAGCCAUUGUAUAUCUGACAAGAUUCAAGAAGAGCUAACCAUGCAUUUGACAUUUUUCUGAACAAAACCUGGAAUUAUAGAAUGGGAUAAUGUUUUUUUAUAAAAAUGGAAUGUUAGGCUAAAAUGAACUAGAAAGAGAGCACUGAUUCUACAAUCAUAUCACUAAUAUUUUUAGAAUAAUAAUCUAAUACCUUAUUUUGGUGGGGUGAAAUACCCCAUGAAUAGCAUUAGAAUGUGAGCACCCCUCACUUUCAGUUCCAGUGGUAAUCUGAAACUGAGGCUGAAGGCUAAGUACCAGAAGCAUUUUAAAACUGAGUGGUGGAAACAUUUUAUUAAAAUUUUAAAGGAAAAAAUGUAUUUUCUAAAUACACUAUUUA